AGAAUGUGGUCUUUCAGCACUGAAAUUAUAAAGUGGGGUUUUUGUGGUUUUGUCACAGAGGCACUUUGUGAAUACUCUCAUCUGACGUGAACAAAUAAGAGGUGGAGUGUCUGGGUGUAUACGUGGACCUGACCCUCAUUCCAGCCUGAUCUCAGUGUCGGACAGUUCAUCAUGUUUGUGCGGAUCUUUCUCUUGCUUCUCUCUGUGGCUGCUUUGACUAGAGCAGCUGUUGUUCCAAGGAAUGCACAAUCAGCAGAGGCUGCUUGCAAAAGAUAUGUCCUCCCAAUGUGCACGCGCGAGUAUGACCCUGUGUGCGGGUCCGAUGGGAAGACCUAUGCAAACGAGUGCAUGCUCUGCUUUGACAACAUGUUUUAUCAGCGCAACAAUUACAUAGUCAAAAAAGGGGGAUGUUGAAACAGCUGUGCUGAAAUGUUCAGAGUAUGUGUGAGCUGGAAUUAUAAUGCAUGUCCUGAUUAUAAUCUGUCUUUUAAUAUGGAAUGUCCUUUCUCAUGCCUGUUUUAGAUUUGUCCUUUUCCCUAUAAGUUUUGGGUUUUAAUUCAUAAUUAUAUAUUAAAGACCUGAAGAUUUCCAACCAA